ACUCGGCGCCUUUAGUUCGGCUGUGAGGGGCGGGCACGCGCGUAAAGGCAUAGAGACGGGCGUUGAGCGCUCGGGCUAGAGCGUCGCGGAGCCGGAGCCAGAGUCGCGCGCUGUGUCUCCGCUACGUCCGCCGAGGCCCCGAGUGUCAGGGACAAAAGCCGCUGCCGCGCCGCCUGCUCCCGCCGCUGGGGCUCAGCCGCUGUCUCCGCCGUCGUCGCCACCCGUGAGGAUCCGAGAGCCAUGUCGGCCAGCAGCCUGUUGGAGCAGAGACCAAAAGGUCAAGGAAACAAAGUACAAAAUGGAUCUGUACAUCAAAAGGAUGGAUUAAAUGAUGAUGAUUUUGAACCUUACUUGAGCCCACAGGCAAGGCCCAAUAAUGCAUAUACUGCCAUGUCAGACUCCUACUUACCCAGUUACUACAGUCCCUCCAUUGGCUUCUCCUAUUCUUUAGGUGAAGCUGCUUGGUCUACUGGGGGUGACACAGCCAUGCCCUAUGUAACUUCUUAUGGACAACUGAGCAACGGAGAGCCCCACUUCCUACCAGAUGCAAUGUUUGGGCAACCAGGAGCCCUAGGUAGCACUCCAUUUCUUGGUCAGCAUGGUUUUAAUUUCUUUCCCAGUGGGAUCGACUUCUCAGCGUGGGGAAAUAACAGUUCUCAGGGACAGUCUACUCAGAGCUCUGGAUAUAGUAGCAAUUAUGCUUAUGCACCUAGCUCCUUAGGUGGAGCCAUGAUUGAUGGACAGUCAGCUUUUGCCAAUGAGACCCUGAAUAAGGCUCCUGGCAUGAAUACUAUAGACCAAGGGAUGGCGGCACUGAAGUUGGGUAGCACAGAAGUUGCAAGCAAUGUUCCAAAAGUGGUAGGUUCUGCUGUUGGUAGUGGGUCCAUUACUAGUAACAUCGUGGCUUCCAAUAGUUUGCCUCCAGCUACCAUUGCACCUCCAAAACCAGCAUCUUGGGCUGAUAUUGCUAGCAAGCCUGCAAAACAGCAACCUAAACUGAAGACCAAGAAUGGCAUUGCAGGGUCGAGUCUUCCACCACCCCCAAUAAAGCAUAACAUGGAUAUUGGAACUUGGGAUAACAAGGGUCCUGUGGCAAAAGCUCCUUCACAGGCUUUGGUUCAGAAUAUAGGUCAACAGCCAACCCAGGGGUCCCCCCAGCCUGUGGGUCAGCAGGCUAACAAUAGCCCACCAGUGGCUCAGGCAUCAGUAGGGCAACAGACACAACCACUGCCCCCACCUCCACCGCAGCCUGCCCAGCUCUCAGUUCAGCAACAGGCAGCUCAGCCAACCCGCUGGGUAGCACCUCGGAACCGUGGCAGUGGGUUUGGUCAUAAUGGGGUAGAUGGUAAUGGAGUAGGACAGUCUCAGGCUGGUUCUGGAUCUGCUGCUUCAGAGCCCCACCCAGUGUUGGAGAAGCUGCGAUCCAUUAAUAACUAUAACCCCAAGGAUUUUGACUGGAAUCUGAAACAUGGCCGGGUUUUCAUCAUUAAGAGUUACUCUGAGGACGAUAUCCACCGUUCCAUUAAAUAUAAUAUCUGGUGCAGCACAGAGCAUGGUAACAAGAGACUGGAUGCUGCUUACCGCUCCAUGAACGGGAAAGGCCCCGUUUACUUACUCUUCAGUGUCAACGGCAGUGGACACUUCUGUGGCGUUGCAGAAAUGAAAUCUGCUGUGGACUACAACACAUGUGCGGGUGUGUGGUCCCAGGACAAAUGGAAGGGUCGUUUUGAUGUCAGGUGGAUUUUUGUGAAGGACGUUCCCAAUAGCCAACUGCGACACAUUCGCUUAGAGAACAACGAGAAUAAACCAGUGACCAACUCCAGGGACACUCAGGAAGUGCCUCUGGAAAAGGCUAAGCAGGUGUUGAAAAUCAUAGCCAGCUACAAGCACACCACUUCCAUUUUUGAUGACUUCUCACACUAUGAGAAACGCCAAGAGGAAGAAGAAAGUGUUAAAAAGGAACGUCAAGGUCGUGGGAAAUAAAAGGCAGUUCUACACAGACUGCAGCAGAGGUUGCACCUGCAUAUCCUAAAGGAAAGAUUGACCUUCAAGAGAAUUAGGACUUUUUUCUUAAUUUCAUUGACUUCAGAGACGAUUGCAAACUUGCAGUUUAAGUAUUGGAAUUUCACAAAAGACAUAGGACCUAACUGGAAAAUGGAGAAAAAAAAAAGAAAAAGAAAAAACUAAACAAAAAAUCCCUCUAGGUAGUUUAGGUGAAAAUGUCCCCUUUAUUUUGGCUUUGGU